AUGGAUCACAACGACCCUUUGGGUCUGGGGUUCCCAGAUGAAGACAACUGGGUCUAUUCGGGGCCUGCUGCUGCGAACAGCUAUGCCACUGAGUCAGUCGAGGUAUGCACAUUGUACUCUAUUCAGUCCAGAAAAGCGAACAUGUCUUACUUCUUCGAUGAAGCUAUCGGCAUUCAAGAUCCGAGCGACAUCAAGCGCCACAUCAAGCGACACAUCAAGCGACAC